UUGAUGCUGCCUCAAUCUGCCUGCUGUCAGACGUUGUGCUGUCAAAAUUUUUUAUCGAGAAUUCUCGUAUUUUUAAAUAAGUUAAUAACGGGAAUAACUUGAAAUUUUUUAAUGGAACCCCAGGAUAUUUAUUACAACAAAGCAGAAUACGUGGAAACGGCCUCUGGUAAUAAAGUGAGCCGACAAACUGUGCUGUGUGGAUCUCAGAAUAUUGUUCUACAUGGUAAAGUUAUUGUUCAGUCAGAUGCGAUUAUUCGAGGGGAUCUAGCUAAUGUCAGAACUGGCCGCUACUGCAUUAUCAGUAAAAACGUCAUCAUUCGUCCUCCGUUUAAAAAAUUCAGCAAGGGAGUCGCUUUCUUCCCAUUUCAAAUGGGAGACCAUGUGUUUGUCGGUGAACGAGCUGUUGUCAAUGCAGCCAUCGUUGGUUCGUACGUUCAUAUCGGAAAGGAUGCUCUCAUUGGGCGACGAUGCAUCUUGAAAGACUGCUGUUUUAUUGAAGAUGGUGCCGUGGUUCCACCAGAAACUGUUGUACCUUCGUUUACUCGAUAUGCUGGCAAUCCUGCUACUUGUGUAGAGGAUCUACCAGAGUGUACUUUAGAUUUAAUGCUGGACUACACUAAAAAUUAUUAUCAACAUUUCUUACCAGCAAGGAUGUGAAAUGAAUUCUGAAAAUUACAUUGCCAUCUCAUAAAACUGGUAUGACUAUGAAGCAGUUUUUCUCUAAUACGAAUAUGAUUAAAUUCUAUUAAUUCAAAUAGAUUUUUUCAAUCGUUGUAAUUUUCCAAUGUGUUUAGUAGUGAAAAAGAUCAGACUCCAGCACUGUAUAUACACAGUUCUAAGUUAUUUAUUAAUUGCAAUACAGAAUGUCAUUUAAGCUUCAAGUAUUCAAAAAUACAUCCAAUAAUUUAUGCGAAAAUUCCACUGUAGUAAUACUACUAAUGAUAUCUGCCGAGCAACCAGAUUCGUGUCAGUUGCAAUAAAUGUUGCAAUUGAGUAGAUGACACGUUAUCUCUUGCUUGCUUAUAAUGGUGAUCUCAGUCUCCUACAGAUAUGGCAUGGAUUUCGUCGAGAACUCUAGCCUGCGAAAAGCAAUUAAAAAUGCCUCAUGUAAAUCCAUUGCAAGCGAUAUGAUAUGAGAUAAAUAUCAUCACGUAUCUGCCCUGUUUCUGCUACUGAUAAUUCAUAUUUCUACAUCUUUUAAUUCUUAAUUACACACUAUUAUAAUCCCAGUUGUAGAAAUAGCGACAACUCGAGGAAAAAAUUUAUAUGUAGCAAUUCGCCUGACAACUACAGAUGUUAAUAAUAAUUACUCAUUGACUUUUCUGUGAAGUUAAUCAGAGAUAAAGACGCCGUAAUAAAAUUCUUUGAGGGCUAGUGGUAUCACUGGAUUUCCCUCGAUAAUAUACAAUCACAA